AAGCAGUCCACCACAGCGCACCAUCCCUACCAAAAGAUUCACUUGUUCAGACAAAAUAAAAAGAGACCUACACCGUAAGUCACUGAAUCAAGAACCAGAGAAAUAUUUAAUCCAAUGGUGAGAAACCCACCUUCAUCUUCUUCUUAUUCAACUAAUGGCAGGAAAACCACUACACCAUGCUGUAGCAAAGUGGGAAUCAAGAGAGGGCCAUGGACGCCGGAGGAGGACGAGCUCUUGUCAAACUAUAUCAAGAAAGAAGGCGAAGGACGGUGGCGUACUCUGCCUAAAAGAGCUGGGCUGCUUAGAUGUGGAAAAAGCUGUCGUCUCCGGUGGAUGAAUUAUCUCCGGCCUUCUGUUAAACGAGGCCGUAUUGCUCCAGAUGAAGAAGAUCUAAUUCUUAGACUUCACAGGUUGCUUGGUAACAGAUGGUCAUUGAUAGCCGGGAGGAUACCAGGACGAACUGAUAAUGAAAUCAAGAAUUACUGGAAUACCCAUCUAAGCAAGAAGCUAAUUAGUCAAGGGAUUGAUCCAAGAACCCACAAACCAUUGAACCCUAACCCUAAUUCCUCACAAAUUGCCCAAAACCAAAAUACUGGCCCUAAGUCUGUCAAUUUGGAAGAAACCGAAGGUAGGACUUAUCGAACUAUAGCAACUAGAGUGAGCCAAAAUUUCAAAAUGAGUACCCUGGAUCAUUAUCAUCAACCAAACCCAUUACUUAUUGAUAAUGCUGGUAGUGCUGAUCAUAAUUGGCCUAAUUGUGAUGAUAUUGCUAUGGAUUUACAAAAUGGCGAUCAAGGACAAAGCAAUGCGAAUCAGUUCUAUAUUGGAAAUGGAAAUGAUGAGGGUUUCUCUUCGUUUCUCGAUUCUCUUAUCAAUGAAAAUGAGAAUCUGUUUAUGACUCAACAACAACAGCUGCAACAUCCUAGUAUGAUUGUCUCUUCAGCACAGAAUUCUAGCAUCUGGGAAGCUGAAGUUGUAUCUUCAAUGGCUGCCUUUGUCGAUGAAGAUGUUGCUUUAAAAUAAAAUAAUCAUUCUGCAUCAUAUACACAAGUGGAUAAAGAAAAUCAGAUGGGCUAAUUAAUUAAGCUUCAUUGUCAUCUAAUUUACGUAAAAUGUUGUUGCUUCUGUAGUUUUUGUGCUUGCAUACAUAGUUUCUGUAAGUUCUAGAUUGUAUGUAGGAGAUGAACUUUGUUUUCUGCAUGUAUCAAUUAAUCCAGUCCUUUUAGAUCUCGUACAAAUUAAGAACCAAAAAAACCGGUUUGCUUUAACAAAAAAUGUUCUUCUCUUUCUCAAACAUUCAAUGUAAAUUAAUUUUUUAUGCUA